UUGGACCUUCUCAUCCGUGUUGGAUGUAUAAGCGACGCGUAUGAUUUCAUCCUGGUCGAGCCAAAUGAAAGAGUCUGGGGAGCCUUAUUACAAGCUUGUCGAAUUCACACUAAUACGGACAUUGGACUCGUGGCAGCAGACAAUCUGUUCAGAUUGGUACCCGAACAAACAGGAUACUAUGUGCUGUAAUCUAAUAUGUAUGCUAGGGCUGGGAGAUGGGCAGAUAUUACCUCGGUGAGAAGUGUCAUGGUGAAUAAGGGUAUCAAGAAAUUUGCUGCUACAAGCAUUGUCGAGCUAGGGGAUUGGGUUCACAUAUUUCAUAUUGGUGAUAGAUGUCACCCACAAUCUGAAAUUAUCUAUCAGAAACUGGAUGAGCUACUGGGCAAGAUAAGGAGAAUGGGUUAUAACCCAGAGGUGGCUACACUUCAUGAUGUUGAAGAAGACAAGGAGGGUCAUCUUUCUGUUCACAGCGAGAAAUUGGCGAUUGCAUUUCUCCUUUUGAACACUAGUCCAGGGACAACUAUCAGGGUGACUAAUCUCAGAACCUGUAGUGACUGUCAUCUUGCUGCAAAGCUGAUUUCGGUAUUCACCAGUAGAGAGAUUAUCCUCAAAGACACCAAUAGGAUCCAUCAUAUAGUACAAGGAGUUUGUACAUGUGGGGAUUAUUGA